AUGGCGGAGGCUAGCCACAAAGUGAAGACCAUCACCUUCCGGGGCCGGCGCGUCCCCAUCAUGCUGCAGGACGUCAAUGGGCCAUGCCCGCUGCUGGCGAUCGCCAACGUGCUGCUGCUGCGCAACCAGCUGCAGCUGCCGCCAGGCGUGGGCGAGGUCUCGCAGGGCCGCCUGGUGGAGAUGGUGGCGGGGCUGCUGCUGGAUGCCAACAGCCUGGAGGGGGGGGCGGGCGUGAGCGAGGAGCACGCGGCCAGCCUGCAGCAGAACCUGGCCGACGUCAUCGGCCUGCUGCCCCAGCUGUGCACCGGCAUCGACGUCAACCCGCGAUUCACCGACACGCGCGGCUUCGAGUUCACUCGCGAGGCGGCCGUGUUUGACCUGCUCGACAUCCAGCUGGUCCACGGCUGGCUGGUGGACCCUCAGGAUGAGGCCACGGCGGCGGCGGUGGGCUCCAGGAGCUACAACGAGCUGGUGGUGCGGCUGGUGACGGCGCUGGGCAGCUCCGCCACGCCCAAGCAGCUGACGCCCACCGCCUCGCUGCGCGGCGCGCACCAGUUUGGGGCCGGCGAGGGGCUGACGCCGCGCGGCAGCGGGCUGGGCGGCACCGGGGGCGCGCCCGCGCCCGCCGCGGCGGCGGAGCAGCAGGGCGGGCCCGCGGCGGGGCCGCCGCAGCAGCAGCCGCAGCAGCAGCCGCGCAUCAAUGCCGGCAUGCUGUCGGCGGCGCUGCGCGACACGCUGCACGUGGCGGCGCCCGCGUCGGCGGCGCAACGCGAGGGCGAGGGCGGCGGCGGUGGCGGCGGCGGCGGCGUGCUGGCGGGGGAUGGCUCCUGCGCCUCCUCCAUGCUCAGCAUGCCCACCUCGGACAGCAUGCACAGCAUGCACAGCGUGGUCAACCGCAUGCUCACCGACAUUGUGUCCGACGCCUUCACCGCCACCCCCACCGCCAGCCGCAGCACCGGCCAGGUGGCACUGCCUGGCGGCACCCCGGCGGGCGGGGAGGAGGAGGAGGCGACGUCGGUGCUGCAGCAGCCAGGGCUUGUGGAGCUGAGGCUGGAGGUGGCGGAGGAGGAGGGGGAGGGCGCUGAGGGAGCGUUCCAGGUGCAGCCGGCGGCGGCGGCGGCCGCGGCGCCCGCCGCCGCGGCAGCCAUGGCGGCGGCUGCCUCGGGCGCGGGGCAGGGCGCCGGCACGCCGCCGGGGCAGCCGCCGGCGGGCGGCAGCCGUGGCGGGUCUCCGGGCGAGGCGGCGGUGCGGGAGGCGCUGCUGGUGCAGCAGUUCUUGGAGGGCAGCGGCAGCCAGCUGACCUACCACGGCCUGCUGGCGCUGCACGAGGGGCUGCGACCCAACCAGCUGGCAGUCUUCUUCAGGAACAACCACUUCAACACGCUCUACAAGGGCCCAAACGACCAGCUCUUCAUCCUGGCCGCAGACGAGGGCUUCCAGUUUGAGUCGGACGUGGUGUGGGAGGCGUUGGACUCUGUGGAUGGCGACACGCAGCUGGUGGGAGCCGACUUCCGCCCCUUCCGCCCCCACGCCUCGCAGCAGGAGGCGCGGGAGCGGCAGGCGGCGGCGCAAGACGCAGACUGGGCGGCGGCCGCCGCGGCCGCGGCAGCGGCAGGCGGCGACACGCACGACGCCGACCUGGCUCUGGCCAUGCAGCUGCAGGCGGAGGAGGAGGAGCGGGUGCGCCUGGAGCAGCAGCGGCGGCAGCAGCAGCUGGCGCGGCAGCAGGAGGAGCAGCGGCGGCAGGGGCAGCCGCUGCCCAGCCAGCGCCGCCCCUCCUCUGCAGAAUCCGGCGGCAGCAGCGGCGCCGCGGCUGCCAAGAAGAAGAAGGAAAAGAAGUCGUCCAGCGACUGCUGCAUUCAGUGA